AUGACAGGUAAUUAUCCUAAGCACAAUAUUCCCAACGGCUUCCUAACCCCUCCCGCCGAAGCCUUUACUACGAAUAAAAAGCGUGGGCGAUCUGCAUCUGUCCCUGGUUCCGAACGAACUUCGAGAUCAAGCCUAUCUAGAAUUACACUCGUUGAUCAAGAUGCUCAAAUCGCCACACAUUCGGGCUUAGAAGAUUCCGAUAGUAUCGCUCCAUCAAAAUAUAGCUGUCUAGAUCAUCUGCUGGCAAUUCUUCACAUCAUAUUCUGUAUCCCAUUGUCAAUAAAGAUGAAAAUGAGAUCUUCAGGGCCCAUCCAGGGCGUACCAUCCGAUAUGGAGAGCUGUCCUUGGGUACUUCCCGUGCUUGUUCUUUCAACACGAAGAGAUACGGACAAACAGCCAGUUCCAAAACGUGCGAAGUGCACCUUAGAUACCGGUAACAUGCAGGGAGAUAUCGUCUCGAGGGAAUUUGUUGAAAAGAUUCUCGAGUAUUCGGAAUUAAAUUUUGUUCCUUUGACUGAGGAGGAAAAGGAAGGCGGCUUCGGCGUGACAGGGCAUAAACUGGUACCAGAAGGAGCGAUUUAUUUGACCUGGUACCACAACAAAAGCACUCGGGUCUUCCACGACAUGCGAUUCCUCAUCUCACCACAUUCCCAAUGCGAUCUUAUCAUCGGAGCUCGAUCUAUCCAGAAAUAUAACCUACUCGGUGUUCCUAAUCUGAUGGCAACGACUAACACCAGGGUUGCGAAUUCAAAAGACCUCAUUAUGGACAAGAAAGAAGAGGAUCUGGUAAGGAAUCUCCUGAAACGACAGAAAAGUUUUGAAGACAAAGAAACCGAGCUGCUAGCAGCGUGCAAGGACACUGAGAACGAUAAGGAUUUGAAAAAUCUCCAGGAUAGACGCGACGUCGCCGCUCAAAAACUUGAAAUACGCAAGGCAGAAAUAGUCAACAAUAAGGAGCUCGUGGAUGAGCUAGAGAAAGGUCUUGAGAAUCUACCAGGGUAUAGCGGAGAUGAAACUUCGAUUUUUAAGGAGGAUCAAUUUCAGAUGUCCUCAAAUGCUUUGAAAAAUAGAGGGUUGCGCAAUUUCAUUGUUUUUGUGGGCAUGAGGCAUCAAAAGAUGCCGGGUAUGGAUAUCGCUCGUUUCUAG